AUGUUUGAGGAAAAGAUAAAGACUUUGGUAGUAGAAAUAUUGCCAAACACGAAGCGUACAAAGGACCUUCGUGACAAGAAAGAGAAGGAAGAACGUAAAAAGCGUGAAGAGGCAGAAAAGGCGAUGGCAGAAAAGCAUCAGCAGGAACUCUAAAUUAGAAAGCUUGUUGAAGAGAAGAAAAAGUAAAAGCAGCAAGAAGAAUUAAAAAAGAAAGAAGAAGAGCGUAAGAAAGCAGAAGAACGUCAGCAAAUUUCUACUUUAAAGGGUAAAUUUGGUAGUAUGAUCAAUGACUUGAAAUAGAAUUCAACUACCUUAGAUUACACUGUUUCUGGUUUGGAUCUUAGACCUGCCCAGAUUCGUAUUCUAGUUAAAGCUGUUGAAAAAAACUUUUCACUCAAAGGUCUUAAUAUGUCUCGCAAAAAAAUAGGCGAUGCUGAAGGAGUAGAAAUUGCUCAUAAUUUGAAAAAGAAUUUCGUUUUAGAAAGACUUGAAUUGGAAGGAAAUUAUUUGGGCCCUAGGACUGCUCACUCAAUUGCAGAAUUACUGGUGGAAAAUAAUUGCAUAAGAGUUAUUGAUUUAGAAGGAAACGAUCUCACAAACAGUGGCAAAGAUAACUCUGGAAUAGAAGCUAUUUGUCAAUCCCUAAAAAAUAAUGAUACUUUGCUUUGUUUAAAUUUAACAAAUACAAAUUUGGAUGAGAAUUGUAGCGACUUUUUGGUUCAAAUGCUUGAAAAAAAUGACACAAUUAUAAACCUUGACAUAGAUUAAAAUCCUAAAAUGAACUUAGAAGAUGUUAGAAAAAUUUAAGAAAAGCUAAAAAUUAACAAGUAGAAUUACGAUGAUGAGCGCUAUAAAGAGUUUGAUGAAAGAAAAAGAAUGUGCAACGAAGAAAAUAUUUCUGAAAUUAUUCACAUUCGUGAAGAAUCCAAGAGAAUAGCUCAAGAAAAUAUUAAUAUUCGUAUCGAAGCACAAAGACAAGAUAAAGAAGAAAAGUGGCGUAAUUUCUUGGAGCAGAACGAAGUUAAGCUUAAAAAGUUGUACGAUAAAAUCACUAAGGAAGUAUUCUUAGGUGGAAAGAAAAAGAAGAAGAAGAAAAAAGGCAAAAAGAAAAAAUGA